CGCGACACGAAUUUUCCCUUCAUGCUCCGAGUGUCAUACAAAGCAAAAGAGAGACGGCGUGGAGCAAGUGGCACCAAGUUGGCUGAUAAGUCUGAGAUAUUGAAAGAGGCCAAGAUUGUUCGGUUCAUCUUUUCCCUGCUAGAACGCAUGGAAGCUCCAUGUCCGAUGUCUCACUAUGGAGUUGCAGCGCCGUUGAGAAAAUAA